CUUUAUGGCCCUACUCGACGGGACUCGAUAUCGAAAUCCAUUGCUACCGCCGCUGCUGCUUAUCCAUUGGCUAGCUAUCCAUCGGCAGGCAACUGCUUUUGCGACUAUGCGGCUGUGAUGUUAUGUGCUUUGCUACGCCGUGUUUCCCUAGCCAUCAGUGACGAGUGGCAAUGGCAGUCGUGCCGUACCUUAUGACUGCCAGCAGUAGCCAGCGUGUUAUACUAGUUGGUACGAGUUGUGAUUAUAAUGCACGAGUGUUAUAUAUGGGCGAUAAUAUGAUUGAUGACCAGCCGGAGCCUGACAAGCAGUCGUCUCCAGUAAAGCAAUAGGCAGCCGUUGCUUAUCGUGUUUCUCCAGUGUUGUCCAGUGCUGCUGGAUUCAGCGGGCCGCUGUUUUGUACCGUUUUUGUUGUUCACUCUUUUGAGAAAUCGUGCGUGAGUCGUGUGUGUGCUGAAAUCGGAAUUCUGUUUGCCGCCCCUUUGCCGUCGAUCAGCCAUCUAGCUAGAGCUAAGACUCAGGAUCAAUGGCUAAUUGCACGACGAUACCGACUCUAACCAGGCAGAAUACAGUUUCAUAUCAUAAACCACCCGCUACGACUUCGACUACUGCUACAGCAGCAGCAUAAGCAGCAGCAGCACCGUCGCUGGCGUAGCCAUAAGCGUAACGGUGCGGUUGCUGCCGCCGAACUCGAGGUGAAAGCUGGUGCAACGGUUAGCGACGCCGCUCAAUCGGGUGUCGAUUCAUUUUACCAUGGUUGUGUGUACCUCUUUCUACCAUGCUGUGUGCUUUCACUUGUGAGUCCGUCUGUCGGUGUGUUUGUCAGAGUGUGUAUGCAUAGGGCUAUUUGCUCCUGUGUUUCGUCAUAUACAUCGAGUCAGAUUUUGUGUUAGCUUGGCUACCCCUCUCCCCGAACGACGGAGGCUAUUACGCCGGAAUAUUCAAUACGGAUGAUUGGUGGCGAUGAGGGGGGAUGGACAAAGAGCUAGAUUCGUCAUCGUUGAAUUUGUGCAAGAUUUUUGCCUGAAAAUCAGUGAAAGAUAAGCCAAACCUUCGAGUGCCUUCGGACAGAUCUUUGGGUGUACGAUCUGUCUGAUCCGGGUUGUGUGUGAGUGCCCCUGUGUUCUUAGGUUCCUAAUGCAGGUUAUUUGGUUGUUGUCGUAAGUUUCGUCGUCGUCGUCGUCGCUGCCAUCGCCGCCUUUGGCGUCGUCGUCGUCUUCGGAGUAAUCCCUCCUCCAUGGCUAGAUUGGGCGAACCAAUAGUUAGCUAGUCAGCCAGCCACUAGCUAGUCUUUCGUGUCAUCGGCCCGUGUUAACGUGCCCGCCGAGUCGCUCGGCCCGAGACCAUCGCUUCUGUGGGCGAAAACCAAUAUUGCGAUGGCUAUUAAAAGGCAGACCACUACUAUGGCGACAACUAAUAUUAAUGUUGCUGCUACCGUUUCUGCUAAUAGUCAAUAUUAGGUUGGAUGCGUCGACUGGACCGCCACUGCUGCCACUAUUAGCGCGACUGCCGUCACCGCGGUUGCUAAACACGGGAUUGCCCCAAUCAUAUUGUUGAGUGUUAUUAGCGACAUUCGGAUGUAAUCUCAAAUGUGUGUGGCGUUGUGAGCCUGUGCCUAGAGUGUGCGUGAGUCCGGUGAGUGAAUGAAUGUGUGCAUGUACAGCGGAUGGAUGCGGUGUGCUCUUUUGGCGGCUGGUCUACGUACGUCUCAGAUUUGCUGUGGUUGUGUUUUAAUAGUGUGAUCUUCCUCGUUGUCGUUGUGCGACGCGCUGUGUGUCUCGUACCGUAGUCUUCUGUAUGGGCACUGCUGUUGAAUGCGGGGUGAGCAGCAUCCAUCCCAGUGCCUUAGGCCUUCCCUUGCUGAUGUCUCAUCAUCGAACGGUAGCUGCAGCAGCGACAGCGGCAGCGGCGCCACUACUAUCGCCGUCACCACCAUCAGCAACAAUAACAGCAGCAGCGGUUAAAGCCGGAGUUAAUCAUUGCGGAUACGUGAGAGCGUGACUGUGAGUGUCACGGGUGGUUCACUGGUGUCUCGCGCGUUGUGGUACAAUCUCAUCCCCAGUCCAUCCCAGCCCCAUCUUGCGACUUGUAGCUUCGACUUAGUGAUCAGUUCGUCUGUUGAUGUCGUCUCUAUUUGGUCAAUUGUAAUGGUUUUAGUUGUAGCGAUUAAGCAAUUAAUUUCCUACUAGCACCAAACAGAUAGGAGUGUGUGAUUGUUGCUGCCGCCACUGCUUUUCAUAGUAAUUAAUUGCCGGACCUAGCCCAGUCGAACUGGGUCGGCGUUUUAUUAUACAUGCCCAUAGAGACGGUAAUAUGCUCCAGCUUUCCUGUGCGAUCGAAACAACAACUACAACCAACUACUAUUACUACGGCUACUCGUAACGAUGUCUAGAGCAGCAGCGGCAGCGUCAGACAACAGAAGAUAGGGCAGUCGCCAUCGUCGCCACCUCCAUCGACCCUACGUCAGUCCAUUCGUCCGUUCAUCAGUUCCGUCUCGUUCCGUUUCGCUCCAUAAUGCGGCCGGUGGCGGCCUUCGGUUCCCAACGUGGCACGCUGAUCUUGUGCCUGUCGCUUUGGUCUGCCUUGCUGCCCGUUGUUUGACGCCUCGGCCUUUCUUGGCCGCGGCUGCCGCUUGCGAGGCGCUGACCCAACGUGCACAGUUGGUCUGUGUGUGCUGCGGCGCCAGCAUCAGCUAUAGUAGGAACAGUGGUGUACUUCUCCGUGCUGUUCAGCUCCCCCCGCUGUUGUGUUGACUGGGGCCGAAAGGAGCCACUGACCUGGCUGGUAAUACUGCUGCAGCAACCGCCACCGUCGCUGCCACCGCGUUGCAGCAGCAGUGGCGGCGGCGACUACUAUUGCUACGACCGUCACCACCAUGGCCGUCAAUAACAGCACCAGCAGCAUCGUUGUUUAUUUGAGAGAAUCGUCUCGUUGCGCUGUGGCGACGUCGAUUGAGGCUGCAGUGCACGUCUGUCCACAAUCACAAGUUCAAGCAAAGCGUUCAAUUUGAAACUGUGUUCUCCGUUCGUUCUUCCUGUUGUUGCCGUUGUCGUCCCUAUUGUUGUUGUUGAUGUUGUUGUCAGAACGGCAGUUCUUGUCAACUUUGUGCACCGCUGGCCUGAUUUACUGCUGCAUUGGCAAUCGCGACUAAACAUAUCAAUGUACUGCUUGAUAUAGUUCGAGAGUAUGUGACACGGCAGUGCCUAAGAGUUUUGCGGGCGCGCUCCAGCGACAACGGUGGCAAAUCGCGAUUUAGAUUUGAGGAACUCGGAUUGGCCAGCUUGACGUUGAGCCGCUCGGCGGCAAUGGUUCGUGGAAUUCGUCGUCACCAAGGGCUGACGUAGCCAACAUCGUGCGGCAGAUAGAGUUAGGUUAAAAUGACGAGCAAAGUGGCGUGCGAUCCAGUGGCGUAAGCGAUGAUGACUGCAGCGUGUUAUUGCAGAUCAAAUACAUGUGCUACGUACAGUCUCCGACAACGGAUUAUGAUAAACAGUCAGACGAUAUGUUUCUGUGCGAGCAGGAGUGAAUUAACUCAGGCCAGGACAGACAAACCUGUAGACAUCUGUCCGAAAAUCGCAGAAGAAAACGAACACGAAGAGGAACACAAAAAGAAGAACUUCAUUCAGCUCACGAGCAAACGCAGCGCUCUGAGUUAAUGGAAGGCAUUGUACAUAGUAAAGUAAUAUAAACCGAAGAGUGGCUGAUAUACGGCCGGCCGGUGAGAUUUCCGCCGGUACCUGACGCGACAUAAUGCUUAAGCUGCGGAGCAAUCGUUAACCGUCGAGCUCAGCGGUCGGUUCCGUAGAGGCCAUGGCGGACUAUCAAAUGUCCAUGGGCCCCGGAGCCGACGGCCAGUAUGGCCAGGCGGAGGGCUCGGCUAUGGAUCAGAUGAUGUCCCAGAUGGGGGCGGGCCAAGCUGGGCAUGGCUAUGGCCAGCCUGGCAUGGGGCAAAUGACACAGGUCCCUGGUGCAUAUGGCCAUGCCGCUGCGGGUCAGGCGAUGGACAGUCAACAAAAGGCCCAACAGGCUAUGUACCCUGGCUACCCGCAAGGUCCAGGGGGAGGUGACUUUGGGCAGCAGUCACUUUCCCAAGGCUAUCCGGGUCAGAGUCAGGUAUACCCUGGCCAUCCGGGACAUCCCACGCAUCCCGGUCACCCGGCACAAAGCGCCGCGUAUCAAAACUAUCAACGGGAUCCUUGGGGUCGAGGACCGCCGGCGGGCCAGCCCGGCUAUCCUACACACGCGGCAGGUGCGGCUGCUGCCGCAGCGGCCGCCGCCGCCGCUGGACAUCCCGGCUAUGCGACCGCGCCUGGUCAACGCGGUUACCCGGAAGGUUAUGGUCAAAUGACACAACAGGGCCAGAGAGGAGGUUAUCCAGGUUCUGGGUAUCCAAGCCAGACGCCACAGGCCUCAUUCGGAGCGGCUACUCAGGCGAGUUCAGCGCAAGCCGCGAGCGCACAAGUGGCCCAAGGGGCCCACUCUAGGGCGAUGGGAGGUUAUCCCAGUCCCAUGGCACCUAUGAGUGGGGCCCCACAGCGGCCCUCAAGCAGGCCCCAACAGAGUUACCCGUCCCCGUCACGAACACCCACCGAUCAGCGCGCACCAUACUCUCCAUAUAACCAAUACUCGGCAGGACAGCCGACUUCAAUGGCCGGUUCACAGACCAGCUCACUCAACCAAAUGACUAGCGGCAUGGAUCCCUCGUCAUCGCCGUCAUUUAGCACAGCUCCCGGUACACCUUUAGGAGGUUCGAGUACGCCGGCUAAUCCUGGAACUCCAGGAGGUGGCCCGCUGACGCCGUCAACACAGCCGGGGACACCGUCAGGUAAUCCAGCGACGCCAUCGCCAUCUCCUUCGUACCCAAGGGGCUUUCCGUCGCCGCAUCGUCGACCUACACCUACCCCGCCCGCCAGCUCGGCUUCACCAAUGCCGCAGAGUCAAGGAGGGGUCUCAGCUGCGCAACAAUCCCAAGGCUAUUGCCCUAGCCCGUCGCAACUUUCCAGCCCAGCAGCUGCUGGCGGCAGUGCAAGCUUGUCGCCGGCAAGUCAACCAACCAGUUCAGGCGGACCCAACUCAGCUGGUCCAACACCCUCGUCGGGUUCAAGUUCUCUUCAGCAGCUCGAGCAGAUGGUCAUGCCUCAUAUGGGAGGAUCGUCGUCUUCGUCAUCGACGAAACCUUCGACAACGCCAGGCGCGGCGGCUAACCCCCCAUCGGCGGCCACCUCAAGUGCGGCAGCAGGCCAAAAUGCCUCUGCUGGCCAAAUGGGCUACUACGGACAGGGACAGUCUUCGACGGGGGCCCAUGCUCAAAGUGGAGGUUACCCUGGUUAUGGUUCAUCUUCGCAAUACCCACAAGGUUAUGGAGCGCAAAGUGGCAUGCCGGCUCGUCGACCAGGCCAAAUGGAGUACGAUCCGUCAGAUCCUUAUGGUCAACGUGCUGCGGCCGCUGCGAGCAACACAGGCCGACCACCAUAUGGGGCACCUCCUGCUGCUGCUCAGCAUGCCUACGAACAGUAUCAACAACAGCUACAACAGUUGUACAGUAUGCCACAGACAGCUCACACCCAAGCUAAGAUUGCUGACCUCAACGAUAAGAUGCGCCAGAUGCAGGCGUAUUGUACGCCCCAGCAAGGAUUCGCUCCCGGAGAUCCUCGAGCUGCAUAUGCUGCUUAUUCUAGUACUAUGGGGGCCCAGCCACAGACCCCCAAAGAAGAAUCUCUGCCACCGUAUGGUAGCCAAGCUCAGCAACAGCAACAGCAGCAGCAACUUUUACAGAACGCCCAAAUGCAUCAGCAACAAGGAGGUCCGCACCCACAGAGCGGUUACAUGGCCGCCGCCCAAGGACAGGCCACACGAAGUGGCGCCAUGGUAGACGAAUAUGGACGGCCAACAAGCCAAAUGACCAGCAUUUCUUCAGGCAUGUCUCCCCAUGGAUACCCAACUGGACCCCAGACACAACCAGCAAGUCAACCAGCUGCGGACCCCUACAUGAUGACGCCAGAUGACCUUAUGCCCUCCGGGGAGCAAACUCCUGCGCCUAGCAGAGGACGAGGUUCCCGGGGCCGCGGCCGAAAAAAGAAAGAACCUGGCACCGGACGGGGUCGGGGAGCAGCCGCUCAGCAGCGCCAGAUGCAGAUGAUGCAGAUGCAGCAGCAGGCGGCGGCCCAGCAGCAGCAGCAACAGCAACAACAGCAACAGGCGCAGCAACAGGGCCCUUACGGUGCCAUGGCCGCGGGCGGACCUAUAGGCCACCCGCAAGGUUAUCCUCCUCAGGGCUAUCCACCACAGAGUUAUCCUGAUCAAAUGGGUCGUGCCAUGACCGCAGGACAACAUCCUAUGUACGGUCAAAUGGGACAUUCCGGUCAGCAAAUGCAUCCGUCAAUGAUAAGUCAAGCUCAACCGCAGAUAGGGCAACCACAACAGCAACAGCCACAACAACCUCAGCAGCAGCAGGGGCAAUUGGAAUCUAGUGGGCAAUUGAGCCAGCAGCAGCAACAACAGUUAUUGGCACAACAGCAACAACAGCAGCAGAUGGGGCAACAACAACCGCAGCAGCAACAACAGCAAGCAGCACAAAUGGGAGGUCAUCAACAGGCGCAGCAGCAGACACAGCAACAGACACAGCAACCAACAAGCACCAUGGGACAACAAGGUCCACAGGGGCCACAAGGUCCACAGGGCCCUGGACAACAACAACAGCAAAAUCAACAGAUUCCACAACAACCGGCCCCGGGCAUGGUCCAUGAACCUGGCACACAGAUGGAUCCAUUGGGACAAUCCAUAUAUGGGCAAAGUCAGCAGGGUGGGCCUCAACAACAACAACAGCAGCAGAUGGGCCCACAGCAACAACAGGCACAGCAACAGCAACAGGGUCAUGGCCAAGGGCUUCCUCAGCAAAGCGCUGGAGGACCGGGUGGCUAUCAGACGGGAGGUCCUAUGUCUUCGCAAGGAGGCAUGGCUUCCUCGCAACACCCCCUUUAUCAAGGAGGUGAUGGCUCAAAUCAGUCUAAUCCUAUGAUAAGCCAUAUGGCCGGUGACGGACAGCAGCCAAUGUCACAGCUGGAGCAUAAAGGUGACCCAAGUAAUGCACUAGGUCUAGGUCAAUCUGCGGGGUCGCAAAACCAACAAGAAGUAAAAAAGCCAGACCUUAUGCCUGUUGACAAUGACCCUUUAGGGGCGCGUCUACUUCAACCUAAACCGCCGGAUUUUUUACGAGGUCCAGUGAAGCCUGAAGACAGUGGUGAGGCUUCAGUAAAGUCGGACGGCGGUGAUUCGCAAAAUCUCAAUUUGGACCCGACGAAUCCAGCCACGCCGAGCCAGUCAUCACAAGGAUCAUCGCAGGCGGCUUUAUCCACGCAGGGUGAGCCAGUGAAGUUUGGCUCCGAACUACAGGGUCCACCAGGUGGAAACGAUGAGACCUCUGUUUCCAAUACUGGACUUCCGGGUGCUCCCGAAGACAUCUCAAGUGAAGACCAAAAGCCUGCAGGUGAUGAUGGAGCGACUGCUACGUCUGAACAACAACAGCAACAACCCGCACAGCAACAGCUGCCCGGUCAACCGCAAGACGAAUCAACCAACCAGGCGCUUGCAGAAGUAAAAAGUGAGGGCCUGGGCUCAAUGGGAGGCCAGGAGCAACAAGGUGCAAUGGCAAUAGGCGGCAUGCCGCCACAGGCACAGCAGGUGAGCGCACAGGGACCUUCGGUUUCGCAAACCGGGCCUCAGGGUACAGCCCUAACUUCGCAUCCGCAGGCCCAACAACAACAACCACAGCAAGGCGGUAUUGGGCCAUAUGGAAGCCAAGGUGGCUCAUGGGUUGCGAGUUCACAAGGACCUCAGGGGGGCCCACAAGCUACACCGGGAUGGGGAGCUCCGCAAGGUCCGACCUCAGGUAACCCCUAUGACCCUUACCAGAUGUCAUACGGCGGUCAGCCCCCGCCGAGCCAGAUGCCUUCUUGGGACCCACACCAACCACUUCAUGGCGCACCACAACCUGGUCCCCAAACUGGACCACAACCCGGUCCUCAACCUGGUUUACUUUCUGGCCCACAAUCUGGCCCUCAGCCCGGUUCGCAACCUGGCCCACUGCCUGGUCAACAACCAGUACCACCACAAGAAAGCCCCGAAAAAACGAAGAAGGGUGGCCGUAAACGUAAGAAUCAAGAACCUCCUGCUGCACCGCAGCCGCUGCCACAUCCUGCUGGUCCAGUAGCGGAACAACAUCAACAGGUCGCUGGGGCGCAUCAAGUGGGUGGGGGAUUUCCACCACAAACUGCACAGUUUGGCGAAAGCGGCCCUUUUGACUCACAUAACCAGCCAAAUCCAUAUGAGUUUGGGCCAGGGCCGGGUGGUGGUGGCGGAGGCGGAAUAUACCCACCUGGUCAAUAUCCACCAGGCUAUCCAAACCCUAAUGCUCAAAACCCUGGGCCGCCGGGAAACGGCGAGGGCAUUUCGUCGGAGGAGGGCGUCGCCCCGGCGAAAAAGCCGAGGAAGCCGCGGACGCCCAAGGGGCCAGCCCAACCGGGGGACGGUCAGGACCCCAUGGCCCCUGCCAAACAAAAGAAGCCUCGUGGCCGCAAAAACCACCCGGUAACGGAGGCUUCGGCAACAAUGGACCCCAAUUCGAGCACGGGGCCACCAACAGUUGGGAAUGCUGGGGAAUUAACGGGUUCGAGUCAGCUAGCGCCUCCCAGUGAUGCGACGAUAGCAGCAACAAGUGCAGUUUUAGGAGCUGCAACAAAUAGUGCCAGCCCCAAGCUGCCAGACGGAAAUCAAGACCCUAUACCACCCGCGGACUCCGCGUCAACAACAACGGAUACGACCGCCGCCGCAGCCAAGGCCGAAGGUGCUUUAGCACCAGCUUCAAUUCCUACAAAGGCGACACCCACCAAGGCUGAGAAAAGGUCCAGGGCGAAAGACAAGGAUAAGGACAAAGAUAAGGACAAGGACGGUGAGAACAAGGAUGGAAAGGAAGGUGGCAAGGAGGGAGGCGAAAAGGAGAAGGAGAGACCGAAAAAAGAAAGCAAGAAAAAGGAGAAAGAGGAGCCCAUUUCGGCGGAGCAGAUCACUGCCAACCUCAAAGAAUCUCGUCUCAAAGCAGCUGCACAAGCUCUCUUCGAAAAAAAUCAGAAGAAAGCUAAACUGCCCAAGUUGAGCUUGAAAAUCUCCUCAAAGAAAAGAAAAAAGAAGGGCAGUGAAUCCGACAGCGGAGACGAUGCCCCGCGGGAUAAAGUGCCAGCGCCGGAAGACGAAGAUGAUUCGAACAAACGUCGCUCGGGGCGGAACGCCAAUCGGCGAAAGAAGUACGUCGAGAAUGAUUUGGACCUCGACGACGAAGAAUUCCUCAUGCCGAUUAAGGAAACGAAGGUCGAAAGCAACGUGGAAACGGUUGUCCAAACUGUUGUUGAGGAUCAAAUGGUGGUCGAUAAGGUUCUUGCGUCACGCAUGAGCACCAGAAAGGUGCCAAAGAAUCUUGAAGGCGAUAAGCCGAGCCAGGAAGAAAGGGAGAAACAAAAGGAACUAGAUUUUGAAACGAUCGAAGUUGAAGAGUUCUUUGUAAAAUACAAGCUUCAAAGCUAUAUACACUGCGACUGGAAGACUGCCGAAGAACUCGAACUGGGUGACAAGCGUGUCGCUGCCAAGAUUCGCCGUUUCCGGCAGAAAAAGGACGCUAGUUCAAACGUUAUGGACUUCCUCGAAGACGAAGCGUUCAAUCCAGACUAUUGCGAGGUUGACCGUAUCCUUGACGUAGCGGAACAUUGGGUUCAUAAAGAUCAACUGAAAAAGAAAGACGACAAAUCAGAAGAGCUCUCUCCAGCAGGGCAAAAGACCGAGAACCCUGAAAAAAACAGCCAAGGAACGACUUCUCCUAAGAAAGAUUCUGACACCACUGCUGUUAAAACUGAGGUCAAACAAGAGAAAGUUGAAAAAAUUGAGGUCGGGAGAGUUGCAGGCGAAAAGCUUGGCGAACCUGAGAAGGUCGAUGCAGAAAAGACUGAUGGGGAACGCGUUGAAAAUAACGAAAAGGCUGAUAUUAUGAAAUCCGAGACUGAGAAGAGUGACAUCGAAAAAGCUAACACCAAUAAACCAAUUGUCAAUGAAAAAGAAGAUAACAAAAAGGCUACAGAAGGAAAAUUAGCUGAGGUGACAGAGAAGCCAGAAGGUGAGCAGGUUAAGGGUGAAAAGGCUGGCGUGAGCACGACUGAUAGUGAUAGAGUUUCCUCAGGAACUGAAAAGAUAGAGCUAGAUAAGCAGGUAGAAAUGGCCGAGACAACGACGCUCGACAAGGACAAGGAUGAAACCGAUACCGAGGAGGAAGACGAAGCUAAGCUAUCGAAGGACAAGAAAGAGGGUAGUGAAAGCCCCGAAGAGGGCAAGAGCGAAUCGCCAAUCGAAGGCUCGGAUAACAGUGAAAGUAAAAGCAAGACUGAUGAAGACGCCGAUAAAGAUAACAACAGCAGAAAUGAUGAAACCAUCAGUCGAGAUAUAACCAUGACUGAUGCUCAGUCAAAAGACCCUGACAAGAGUGAAUGUAACAAAGAGAGGGUGGAUGAUAGCAAACCAACAUCAGUUGAAAGUUCAGAGCAAGGUAGUAGAGACGAUCAGAUCAGGAAAAACGCGUCACCGUCUAAAAAUGCAACGUCCUUCGAUGAAUCUCUGAAAGAAACGUCUAAAAAGGGACAAGAAGCUGUGUCGACUGAAAACUCUAAAGACAGCUCUGAUACGACAAAAGCGCCCAUCACAAAAGAAGGCGAUGACACUGUUAAGGAUUUCAAAAUUGACGAAGCCGCGAAAGAAAGACAAGCAAAAGAGCCAGACGAUAAGGCUAACAUGAAGCUGGUUAAAUACUAUUUGGUUAAAUGGCGUGGCCUGCCAUAUGAGGAGGCAACAUGGGAAGUCGAGGACGAUGUGCCAGACCUCACCAAAGUCGAGCACUUCUGGAAAUUCCGUAACCCUCCACCCAAAGAGCAGUGGAAGUGCAAAAAACGCCCAAAGCCAAACGAAUGGCGUCAAAUUGACGUAUCACCUGUUUACCGUAAUGGACAGACGCUCCGCGAAUACCAACUUGAGGGAAUUUCUUGGUUGACUUUUUGUUGGUAUAAUCAACAGAAUUGUAUUCUCGCUGACGAAAUGGGAUUGGGGAAAACCAUCCAGUCGUUGGCAUAUGUGAACGAAAUCGUAAAAUACGGUAUUCGCGGUCCGUUUAUGAUUAUCGCGCCACUUUCCACGAUUGGAAAUUGGCAACGCGAAUUCGAGGGUUGGACCGACCUCAAUGUGAUCACUUACCAUGGCUCCAGCGCAUCUCGGAAUAUGAUUCAAGAAUAUGAAAUGUACUAUAAGGAUGAGGAGGGCAAGCGAAUUCUGGACGUCCAGAAGUUUCAGGUGCUUAUCACCACGUUCGAGGUGAUUCUAUCAGACAACCAGGAACUAUCAACUCUCUCAUGGAAAGCGUGUGUUAUUGAUGAGGCACACAGAUUGAAAAAUCGCAAUUGUAAACUGAUCGAAGGUCUCCGUGUGCUGAAGUUCGAUCACAUCGUGCUUCUUUCCGGAACGCCCCUUCAGAACUCAGUUGAAGAGUUGUACUCUUUGCUCAACUUCCUUGAACCAGAUCGAUUUCAUAGCCCUGAGGAAUUUCUUCGGGAUUUCGGAGAUUUGAAAACCGAAGCUCAGGUAGAUAAGCUGAAAGCGGUGCUCAAACCCAUGAUGCUUCGGCGACUGAAAGAAGACGUCGAAAAGUCACUCGCGCCUAAGGAGGAGACGAUCAUUGAGGUCGAGUUGACCAACGUUCAAAAGAAGUACUAUCGUGCCAUCCUGGAGAAAAACUUUAGUUUCCUAUAUAAAGGUACCCAGAGCGUGCCAUCACUUAUGAACACGAUGAUGGAACUACGAAAAUGCUGCAUACAUCCAUACCUCAUUGCAGGUGCCGAAGAACAAAUCCUCGCCGAGGCGAGGCAGAGUGGGGCGCCUGACUAUGCUGUACAGGCCCUUAUACAAGCUUCGGGUAAGUUAGUGCUUUGCGAUAAAUUACUGCCUCGACUCAAAGAAGGCGGCCACCGUGUGUUGAUCUUUUCCCAGAUGGUGCGCUGUCUAGAUAUACUUGAGGACUACCUCAUCAACCGUAAGUACCCUUACGAGCGGUUGGACGGGCGAGUGCGUGGCAACCUUCGCCAAGCGGCCAUCGACCGCUUUUGCAAGCCCGAUUCAGAUCGAUUUGUAUUCCUCCUGUGCACGCGUGCCGGAGGACUCGGUAUUAAUUUGACUGCGGCCGAUACCUGUAUAAUAUUCGACUCUGAUUGGAACCCACAGAACGACUUACAAGCGCAGGCCCGGUGCCAUCGAAUCGGCCAGCGUAAAAUGGUGAAGAUCUAUCGUCUAAUUUGCCGCAACACAUACGAGAGAGAGAUGUUUGACAAAGCGGGCCUGAAACUUGGUCUGGACAAAGCGGUCUUGCAGAGUAUUCAGAAGGAGGGUGGCGGAGGUGGCGGCGGGCAAAUGUCUAAACAAGAAAUCGAGGAGUUGCUCAAGAAAGGUGCCUACGGAGCUAUUAUGGACGAUGACAAUGCCGGUGAUAAGUUUUGCGAGGAGGAUAUUGAUCAAAUCCUUUCCCGGCGCGCCACGACUAUUACUAUCGAGUCGGAAGGCAAAGGAAGCACCUUCUCCAAAGCUUCAUUCGCUGUCAGUAGCAGUCGCGAGGAUAUCGACGUCGACGAUCCUAACUUCUGGGAGAAAUGGGCAAAAAAGGCUAACCUUGACGUGGAAACACUCAACAAGGGUGAGCAGGAAAUGCUUAUCCUGCAAGAGCCUCGAAGGAGAACUCAGGUCAAGCGUUUCGGGGCAAACGAACCUGUUACCGGAGAGCUUGGCGAUAUGGACUCUGACGAGGACGGUGACACCGGUGGGAGAAACCGUAAGGGCGGUAGAGGCAAGCGUGGCCAUGCAGGCGACGCCGAAGACGACGAGUUCCUUGUCGAGAUCUCCCCUGGUAACUGGACCCGGUCGGAGUGCUCGAACGUCGAAAAGGGCAUGCUUACUUUUGGCUGGCAGCGAUGGAAUGAAUGUAUCGCGUAUAGCGCUUGGCGCCGACCAGUCAAUCCAACACAGGUGGAGCAUAUGGCACGUGUUAUCCUACUGUUUUGUCUGCAAUGCUAUAAAGGCGAUGACAAGAUUAAAGCAUUCAUCUGGGACCUCAUUGAACCACCUAAUGUAAAUCCGCCCGCUCCGGGUGGUGAGUCCAAGCGAGGCCGACCCGCGUCGAGACGAAUGAGGAACCACUCAGGUCUCUCGGGGCCUGUGCCCCGGGGCAAAAAGGCUAAGAGAGGUCUUAAUGGGCUCGACGCAGAGGACUCGAAGGACGCGGACGAGGAAAGCGAUAGACUGCGCGAGUGGGCUCGUACCGAAGAGUUCGACACCGAGAUCCUCUUGAGCGAUGAAGUCUAUCGCAAACACCUCCACCGGCAUGCCAACAAAGUAUUGCUACGCAUCCGUAUGCUGUACUACCUCCAGCAUCACAUCUUGGGUGAGACCCUGUCGCAACGUGUAUUAACAGCCAGCGAAGAAAACCCACUGAAGAGCGAAGAGAUUGAUACGAUCAUGCCGACGCCUCCGAAUCCGGACGGUGAUCCACCAGCUCCCUGGUGGACAGAAGUGUGCGAUAAGCAUUUACUAGUCGGCGUAUUCAAGCACGGCUACGAGCGAUACGCCCAAGUGCGACAGGACCCCGAGCUCAUAUUUCAUAAGAUAUGCGCCGAUUCGGGAACUGAGCGUAACAAUAACAUAAAGGCAGGCGUAGAUGAGAUCGAAGAGGACACCCAGGAAGGCUCUAAUAGUCAGGAAGGUUCAGAAGACCUUAAGGAUAAGAAAGAUGCUAAAGAGGACAAGAACAAGAAAGAGGCCAAUGAAGAGAAAGGAAAUAAGAAGGAGGCCAAUGAAACAAAUGAGGAUAACCCCAAAGAAAAGGCUAGUGAAGGUAACGGAGAAAAAGAUAAGGAGACUAACGGGGAUAAGGAGAAGAAAGAAGCUAAUGAAGAGAAAGACGAGAAGGAAGCUAACGAAGAUAAGGACAAUAAUGAGGCAAAGAAAAAUGGCGAUAAGAAGAAGGCUGAUGAAGAUAAAGAGAAAGAUGAGACCGAAGAUAAGGACAAAGCUCAAACAAAAGAGGAUAAAAACGAGGUUGAGAUCAAUGACGAAGAGGAGAAAGAUAAAGAUAAGCUGCAGGAGGAUAAACAAGACAUAUGUCAGACCGCAGAAGAUGCAGAGAAAACUGAAAAAGGGAAAGACAGAUUAAAUAAUGAAGAGGAGGACGUUGAAAAGUCAAGCGAAGAUACAAUCGAAGGUGAGACAGCGAAUGAGCACAUUAAAAAGAAGGGCGAUGGUGAGAAAGACACUAAUGAAGGCAAAGAAGCUGAUAAGGAAACAAAGAAGAAAAAUGGAGAGGAAGAUAAAGAUGAUGGCAACGAUAAGGAUAAUAAAGACGUCGACAAAGAAGACGUAGAGAUGAAGGAGGCUAAGAAAGAACCGGAAGAAGAGAAUAACGAUGUGGUCAAAGAAGAGAAAAAAGAGCCAGAAGAAGUCAAGCAAGAAAAGAUGGAGCACGAAGAUGCUAAGAUUGAAGAUAAGACCGAAAAACCCGAAGAGAUCAAGAAAGUUAAGCCUGAACCCAAGGGCAAAAAGGGUAAAGAGAAGAAGGGCAAGAAGCGUAAAAUUGAAGAGGAUGAUCUCAGUAUAGCCAAGAACGAUGAACAGAAAUCCAAGGGCGCUGAAGAUGCUGACUUGUCUAACCCAACAAAGGAGUCCGAUAGCAUUGAUACGACGAAACAAGAUGCAGACGCUGAGAAGAAGGAUGACAGCAAAGAGGAGCCGUUAAGAGAGGUCUCGAAAUCGAUGCCAGGCACAAACGAGCUGAAUCAGCGGGUGCGGCGACUCGUGACGGCUUACCAGCGCGAGCAUAAACGCAGGGAACUCCUCGAGAUGCAGAACACCAACAAAGCGAUACGAGAGAGUCGGCGUUCGGAUAGGUUCGAUUCGAACCGAGUAGCCGCGGCUGCCGCGUCCGCCGCAGCCGGAACAACGAACCAACAACCUGCUGGCUCCACUCCCGUAAACACAACAGCCAUUACGGGGGCCCCCGGUGGGGCAGGUAGCGGGUUGCUGGGCAGGCCCAUGCUCACCUCGAAGCAGAGUCUGUUUACCGGCGCCCUGUAUGCGGCUGCGACGGGUCAGGCGCCGAGGUGGUCGCGAAGGGAAGAAUCGGAGUUCAUCCGCACACUAUCGGUAUAUGGGGUCGAUUACGAUCCUGAGAAAGAAGAGUUCCGCUGGGAGGCCUUCAGAAGGGUCGCCGGCAUCGGCAAGCUUGACAAGAAAAGCGAUAUUCAACUCACGCUUUUCUACAUGGCAUUCAUGUGUAUGCUCAAGCGUUGUAUGGCGCCUCGCUUAAAGACAACUGCCGAAGAGGAGCAAGCAGCUACCGUGCAUCAAGUCGAAACGUUGUCUGAACAGCGGGCGUUCAACAUUUUCCACCGUGUGGAAUUUCUGCGCAAAAUUCGUGAGAAACUUACUCCAACUCCAUCGAGCAUCUCGGCUCUCAAGGAGCGGCUACGUUCGAAGUGCAAACCCGACCCCGAACUUCCAGAAUGGUGGGUGUGCGGGCGUCACGACGCCGAAUUGAUCGUGAUUGCCAAGCGCUACGGGCUCGCCCACCUUGACUACGCGAUGAUGUGUGAUACCACCGUUAGUUAUCUCAACACUCUCAAAGAGCACCUCAAAAGCGCCGCUUUGCUAAAUAAGAGUAGUCACAACAGGCACCAGGUGAGGGAGAUCAAAGACGUAAAGGACACUUCGACGCGCGAUCAGCAACGUGACGUUAAGAAAGACAAUGCACCGGAGACUAUUGAAAAAGCAAAAACUGACAAAGCCGAAAAAGCUGAAAAAGAUAAGGACAACACCAAGAACGAUAAAGUAGAGCUCAUGGACACAAGUGAGUCACCAGAAAUAAGCAGAGAUAACAACAAAACCAACAAAACCAGUGUGGAGAAGACUGAAAAGGGAGCUCAUGCAUUUGAAGCAGAUGAGAGAGACGAAAAACAGCCCGGUGAAAUGGAGGUCGAUCAAGACGAUAUCAAGGGCCAAGGUGAAACAGACAAGCUCACCGCAAAUGGCGAACAACAGACUCGAGCCCAGAGAGAGGAGUCGCCAAAAUCUGACAGCACCGAGCCCUUGGAUGAAUCGGAGGAGAAAGAACGCGCCGCUUCAUUGGAGUCCGGAAAGGCUAAUAACUCCAAGUCUGACGGCGACGUUGAAAUGGCAGAGGAACUCGAAAAGGAAACGAACAAUGCCAGGGAUAACCGCGCAUCAAAAUCGCCUGAGAUUGGACUUGAUGACCAAGAAGAAAUGGAAGUUGACUCAGAACCAACAGAGAAAAAGACUGACAAAGUAGAGAAGGCUGACAAAUCUGACAAGGCUGGAAAGAUUGACGGGACUGAGGAGACUGACAAGGCCGAGAAGCUUAAAAAGGUCGGGAUGGCUGAUAAAAGCAAAAAGGCGGAUAAAGCCCACAAAACUGACAAAACUGAUAAGACCGGUAAGAUCGAAAAUGAUAAAGUGAGCGAAGACAUCAAACAGAAGAAGCCAAUUAAAGAGGAAAAACUUGAUAAUGAUAAGAUGGAGGCAGGUGCUGAAACAGACGCUAUUGGGAAGGCCAAGGAGUCUAUCGUCAAGAAAGAAAAAGAGAAGAAAAAAGAGGAUGAGAACAAAUCCACCGCGAUCGUAACAGCUUCGAACGGUACUCCUGAACUCGAACCCGAGCCUGAAACUUCCAGUAUCCUCACACCUCAGGAAAUCGCAGCCAUCGAUGCGCUCGACGCACAAGGCGUUGCCAAACUCGUGGCGAAGCAGCCCUCACUUUGGCCCAAUGAUAAGUUGAUGCGCAAACGGCUUGAGUUUGUUGUAUAUGCAGCCGAGCAAGGACAAUGGCCAGAACAAGUAACAGGCAUUCUACUUGUUGAUCCAGAUCGACUUGAAGAAGAGCAACGCCACCAACAAGCUGCUCAACAGCAGGCCGCCCAACAGGCCGUACAACAACAGGCUGUUCAACAAGUCACUGGCCAGCAAGCCGUCACCCAGCAACAAGUGCAGCAACAACAACAACAAUCACAGCAACAACAAAUGGCAACAGCUGCACAGCAACAAUUCCAACAACAACAGGCCACCGCGCAACAGCAGUUACAACAACAGAACACAACGCUGUCAGGAACGCGCUCUCAACAACAGGUCGCAGUUGUGGGGGCACCACAAGCGGUGCAACAACAGCAGCAACAGGUUACUGCGCAGCAGCUGCAGCAACAACAACAACAACAGCAAGCGCAACAGGUUCAACAGACACAACAGGCCGCUGUGGCGCAGCAGCAGACGGCAGCACAGCAACAAGCACAACAACAGGCAGCAGCACAACAGCAGCAGAUAGCAGCACAGCAGCAAGCACAACAACAGGCCGCUGCGGCGCAACAACAAGUGGCAGCAGCAACAGCAGCACAGCAACAAGUGCAACAACAAGCUCAACAGCAGCAAUCGACGUCCAGCCACCAGCUGCCCCGGCUUGACGGUCAGAUACUGGGUGCACUGGCGGGUGGACUCAACAUGAAAAGCCUGGAUCUGAUGGGCUUAAACGCCACCGGUGGCCUAAGUGCCGCCAAUCUAGCUGCUCUUAGUGCCGCAAUGAACCUUCUAACAAAUCCCGUCCCUAAGCCGGGAAGGAGAGGCAGGAGCAGCAGGCAGGAAAACAAGGAUAAUGAUGAUCGUUCCGCGCAGCUUCGCGCUAUGCUUUCCGCCACAUUUGCGCAACAAGGCAACCCACUGAAGCAAUUCCAACAGAUGCUGUCGCUCCAGACCCCUUCUUCCGAGGCACUGGCGAUGGAGAUGUCGAAAAGCGGCAUGUCGUCGUUAUCGUCGAUGGCCGGAUUGUCAAAUAUGGCUGCGGCUGCAGCAGGCACCAGUGGAGUUACGGCUGCUGGACUUAGCGCGGCUGCUGCCGCUAACACCGCUACUUCCAGCAGCAGUGGCAGCAGUAACAGUACAAUUAGCAGUAGAGACAAUAAAGAUGUCAAUCUGAAACAGCAGCAGCAACAACAAUCCGCUGUUGAGUCAGCUGUGACUGUAGCAGUGAAAUCGGAGAAAAGACCCGCCGAUACACCGCCGCCCGCUCAUCAGUCUCAUCGCGGAGGGCAAGGUGCAUCCGACUCGCUCGAUCUAAGCGGUCCUUCAAAAUCGGGCAAGGCGGUCGAGCAACCCCCACAAUUAGCACAGCAUCAACGCCCCGCGUCUGUCGAAUCGUCGGUGGAGUCCGAGUCGUCUCAGGAGAAGAAGGAGCGUAGCGGCCCAACUUCUGCUUCCGAAGGGACGUCGACAACCAUCCUCGACCUGAGUUCCGCGAACCCCGUGAAGGACAAGGCAGAUCCGGCAGACAAGCGUAGGCAAGGCUCAUUGUCAAAGAAAGGCGGCUUCCGAAUUGACGCGUUGGCGCUCAACUUGCAAGCCAAAAAACUCAAACAAAGUGGAACCGGGGGCUCAGGAGAUGGCGACAGCGGGCCGCAAGCACCUUCGUCCGGCCAGCACUCAUCCGAUGAAGGUUUGCUGUCCCAGUCGCACGUUCUCGCCGAGCCCCCGAUGUCGCUGCUCGCGCCCAAAGCCCACCAGAAGCAUCCGGCCUCGUCCGCUAGUAGUGCGACGAGCAGUCUCGGCAGUCUGGCGUCUAACAUAGGCAUGACUAGCAUGUCCAAUAUGGCCUCACUCACAAGCAGCACUCCGCCUGUGGCCCACCAAGGCUCCAAAAGCUCGGACAAAGCCGCUCCACAAGCGCCCGAUACUGCCUCGCUACAGGGCAAACCAACAGCUGCGCAUCAGGGCAGCAAGGGCACAGGGCUUCCUGCUGGCACAGACCUCCUGCUCGCCAAGGUAGCACAAGCCCAGCUCGCUGCAGCGGCCAGCAAAAACAAAGAUAGCACCAAUCUUCUUAAAGGCGUAGGCUCCUCAAAAAAUCCGAGUUUGUCACUUUCAACGCUGCUGAGUCAGAUGCUACCCACAUCUCUUGCGUCAGCGAUGGCCAGUGGGUCCAACUCCGCUGCAUCCGCGCUUUUCUCCACUGCUGGAGCGAGUUCCAGCAAGGAUUCUUCCAAGGCUAAAUUACCAACCUGUACUGACAACCAGUUCAAGAAGAUGCUUGAGACCAAUCCCGACUUUUUAGCAGCCGCGUUGGGUAGCGCCGGCGGCAACCCCGCCAAUACCAAGGCUCUGGCAUUUGCCAUGGCUGCAGCCAUGGCAGGUACUGGGGCAGGAAGCAACCAGUCCAUGGAUCUUUUUGGAGGUCUGUCAGGGAUGGGCGGAAGUAUGGGUCAGUUAAGUCAGAAGCCGUCAAGCAGUCUACAGUCGGUCCCGGGCACCAGUUCCAGCCGACCAUCUAGCAUAGACCCCACGAAAUUGGACCCAAGUAAGCUUACCGGUGAAGAGAAUGUAUCCGUAAUUAACAAACUGACCGGAAAGAAGAUUACUGGCAGUAAAGCACCCCCACUAAAGCAUCUACCCGAAUGGCUUGAACGCAACCCAAUGUUUGAAGUUGAGCCUAAAUGGGGCCAGCUCAUCAAGGAGCGUAUGAAUUUGCACAAUACGCCAAAGGUGUCCACUUUGGGCGCUAGUGCCGCUGAUUCCCUGGCCAGCCUUGGCUCUAUGGCCGCCGCCUCUGCAGCGUCCGCAGCCCAACACCAAGCAAUUGGCAAGAACAAGCCACGAAGCAGUUCCAGUUCCGGUCGGCAGAGUUUGAGCUCUCUUGAUCCCAAAACAGCAGCACUGCUAGCGAGCCUUCAAAGCGAUCCUAAAACAACCGCCACUCUACUGGGCAUGGACCCAAAAACAGCUAGUUUGCUUGCGGGACUGCAUAAAGACACGAAAGGUGCCAGCUCAAGCACAUCUACGACCAACUCAAGCAAUCUCCUAGGUCUCGAUCCAACCACGGCCAGUUUGGCUAGCGAUCCCAAAGGUGCUGCAGCCCUUUUGGCUGCGGCUGGCCUAAUGCCAGGCACAAGCAGUAUGGCCGGCCUAGCUGGGCUUAAUCCAAUGACUGGUUUGCCUGAUCUUAAAUAUCUUAUGGGCCAAACUGGCGUCAAUACGUCAUCUUCAGGCAAGACAACAACCUCCACCUCUGUAAGUCAUUCUCAGAGUAGCAGGUCGCUCGGUAGUUCUGGUGGUAGUGGAGGUAUAGGCGGAGGAAGCAGUAAAAAUGCGGCAGCGGCAGCAGCAGCAGCAGCUGCAUCUGCAGCGAACCCGAUUUUCCUGCCAUGGAUGGGUCUCGGAAAUCCACUAUUCCCCUUGUCUGGGCUAGGUACCCCAACCUCCAGCGCGUCAUCCAUAAUGCCCCAGAUGUCCCAAUUCGACGCUGCUGCCGCCUUGGCUGCAGCGGCCGGUGCCUCACAAGCUAUGGCUGCCAGCGACAAAAAUAAGAAGUCUGGGUCCUCCAGCUCAGAUAAAAGCUCAAAGAAAGGCCCCACCAGCUCGACGUCGUCGUCGACGUCCAGCCUAAACCCAAUGUCGUCUUUCCCCUUCCUGUAUCCAUCAGCUAGCCUGUUGGCUGGCUACCCGCUCGGUAUCCCAGGAUUCUCGGGUAUGCCGGGACUUUCCGGGUUACCCGGGUCGGGUCUUAAUCCUAAUCUUCUUCCAGGCGCGUCAGGCAUGUCUUCUAGCUUCGCGUCGUUAGCCCAUCAAAACGUAAAUGGACAGAUUGACAAGGAGAGGAAGCGACGCUCUGAUAGCGUCUCCAAGCGGCAGGUGUCUCCAGCUCGCAGUGUGGGCUCGACGAAGUCGUCGGCGGCGCCCAGUCCCAGCUCGAGCAAGUCGGCCACCCCCGUGCCCCAGCCGCCCUCCAAAGACAUGCGUGAGGACCGGGAGGAGGACGAGGAGGGCGACGAACUCAAGGACGGCCCCAACCCAGAUGGCGGCAAAGAGAAAGCAUAAUCCUAGGUGACAACAAUAACGAUGGAAAUUGGACCAGCUUUCGUUAGCCCACCACACUAUCGACCCACCGACUGAAUGUAUUACUACUACUAGUAGCAUCAUCAACGUCCUGUGGCAUUCACGUCGGAAAGUCCUGCGUACAUCGUCCCUGGCGUGUACAUACAUUUCGCGACAUGGACAUUUUUGCCGCAAUGGCAAAUAGCAACAUCAGCAAGAAAAGCAACAACAACAGGUUCAUCUCCAGCAACCUGAUGAAACCAAUCUACCAGCUGCAACAAGCAUCACAACAAUAGAAACAACAACAAUUAGACAUAUUUGAAAUAGUUUUUCAGAACAAACGCGAGUGCGCUCAAAGCGCGACCCUACACACGGUGUGGUUAGGCUUUUCUCUAAGGGGCUUGGUUUUUUGAAUUCUCUUUUUUGUGUUGUAUAAAUAUGUAAAUGUAACUUAUUGAAUAGUUUAGAGAAAGAUAAGACAGAAGGGAGCAAGCAAGAAAGAAGCGGGACAGAACGAGAUAAGCGAAAACGGGAGAGCAAGACACUGCACGGCAGAUGAUGAUAACAAUUAUAAUAAUAAGAAGACUUUGCGUUGAAACGGAAUAUAUAUAUAUAUAUAUAUAUACAUAUACAUAUAUAAAUAAUAAUAAUAAUAAAGAGCGCGAAAAUGGGGAUGGACGAGAAAGAAGAAAGCCAGCGAGAAAACGCGUAAAAGAGAUAUAAUGAUGCUGAUAAUAAUGAAACGUACAGAUAUUGCAUGAUGCGACGUGAUGCUAAUAAUAAGCACAGCGAUGAUGAUCCUGACCAUGGGAAAAGUUAAUGAUAAAAUACCGCUGACCCGCAAGUCGACCCGAUUCCUUUGCAUUACGAAAGCGACAACGCAAAAACUGGUGAGACUGGGUGAGGAGGGACCGGUCAUUGAGGUCGAGCUGCCCCGCGGGCCACGGGGGCCGUGUCCGUUCUCUUUCGAGAUUAGUAAGCCACUUUUAUUUUUUAUACAGUACGCGUGCAUGUGAGAACGAAGAGGAGACAGGGAGGACAAGAAAGGAAGAAAUAAAAUGGAGAAGAAAAAUCGUGAAGGACAAGGGAGGGAAGCUUUGGAUCGCUGACGCAACAGCAAUCGCUGCAAGAACGAAACAGGAAAACGGGUCAAAAAUUGAGAGAUUUAUUUGAAAAAAAACAGGUCCAGAGAGAAGCUUAGACAAUGUAAGUACGAGAGAAAAAUAGGGCUGGGGAAGAGUAUUCAUUUAUAUAACAACAGAAACCACAACCAGAAUCCAUGUAGGUGUCCGCACGUACUGUAAAGGUUGUCGCUGACGUUGGCGUAAUGUUACGUUAGGUGAGCGUAAACAAUUCAACUUGUGGUGGUAAUAGCGAAAUUCGUCGUGAAGAACACAAUUAAAUACAAACUGGACGACAGUAGUAAUAAGGGGAAAUAGAGGAAACGAAAAAAGGCCGAUUUAGACGCGCCUUAUUGCCUACAUAAUAAAACGCCGUGGAUUAGUUUCCCACGCGUGCCAACUAAGGCCCCCCACUGCUACUGCUGCUGUUAAUCAUGAAAAACAAUGAUGAGGGUAUGACUGAGUACGUAUGCGACUAGACAUGAAGACGCUGAGGGAGUUAGCGCAGCUCUGAUUAUGGUAGUUUUUCAACGAGGGAAACAAGAUGCAGUGAGCAACGGCACUAAGAAAAAGAACCAUGAACCUUUGUGAACCAGGAACACAAAAAUAACAGCAACAACGACAAGAACACCAGCAACAACCAUAUGACAACAACAACCACAAUACUACUAACAAUAAUGAAAUGCCGAUAAUAAUGAUAAAAUAAUAAUUAUUAUUAUAAUGAGAGACACCAAACUACAGGGCGACAAUGUGACAUACUUCGUAGAGAUAUGUAGAAAAGAGAUUUUGGAAGACGGGACGCGAACAGCUGUAACUAGUAGAUAACGAUGAUCAGUCGAAACAAAAAGAAAGAGGGACCGACAGAGAGCGAGAGAGAGAGAGAGAGAGAGCAAGAGAGAGAAAGAGAGUGCGCGCGAGAGAGAGAGAAAGAUAGAUAGAGAGAGCGAGAGAGAGAGAAAGAGAGAGAGAGAGAGCAAGAGCAACAGCGAGAAAGAGAUAAUAAAGAGAAAGAGAAUAUCUUAAAGAAAUGACAGACGCGCACAUCAUGAUCAGAUACGUGACACGUUAAAGAUGUUUUUUUUUCGACUGAAGAUGGUCACUUGCACACACAAACAUAUACACGUUACUUAUGUAUACCCAAGAGUAACGAUGAAAAGCGAAACACACACAGGCACAACACGAGCAACGCCCUACAAAUCUGAGCGACGACACAAAGGAAGACAGCAAAUUUGACUCAAUCAUUUGUUACAAAUAAUUAUAAUAGUAGCAGUAACAAUAAUAAGAAGAUGACCACUGAUGCUGAUCAUACUAAUGGUGACAAUAUUCGACGAAACAAGCUGAGAUAAAACGGCGAAUGAGAGAAAAAAUUGAUUGAUUGUCGUCUAUAUAUAUAUAUAUAUAUAUAUAUAUAUAUAUAUAUAUAUAUAUAUAUAUAUAUAUAUAUGACCUGGUGGAAUUCACUAAAAUGAGAAUUACUUUAUUAUUAUUGUGAUAUAGUGUUACGUGUAAAUACAUUUCAGAGACGAUAAUAGUAAUAUUAUAUUAUUAUUAUCUAAAGAAGAUAAAUAAAACAUAGCUCGAUAGCUGUAUAAUAAUAAUAAUAAUUAUAUUAUUAAUAAUAAUAUCAGACGAGACUUGGCUGAAUAUUGAUCAUACGCAUAGGUACUUAAUAGAUUUAAGUUAUGCGAUCUUCUAAUAAAGAAUAAAUAAUAAAUGUGCGAUGUAAA